AAUUCAUCGAAAAAGGGGGAUAAAGAAAAGUAGAAAAUUCGUGUAGAAUUUCUGAAAUACGGCUGUAAGAAGCAACUUUUAAGGAAUUUUCAAGUUUUUAAAAGAAAAUAACAAAAUAAAAAAUGUCCGGAUACAUUGCCAGAAAAGGUCCCAUGGUUUUCUCCAGCUUGGGAAAAUGGGCUUAUAACUUGUCUGGAUUCAAUCAAUAUGGUUUGCACCGUGAUGAUUGCUUGUACGAAAACGAAAAUGUCAAGGAAGCAAUCCGUCGUCUUCCACGCAAAUUGUAUGACGAACGCAACUACCGUAUUAUGCGCGCUUUGCACUUGUCUAUGACCAAAACAAUUUUGCCCAAAGAUCAGUGGACUAAAUACGAAGAAGACGUGAAAUACUUGGAACCCUACUUGAAGGAAGUCGAAAAAGAGUGUGAAGAACGUCAAGAAUGGAACAACAAUCACUAAAUCAGCUAAAUGGCUGUUGAGUGCAAGAUUAUUUUGUAAUUAUUAAACUAUUUUCUUUUAAAUUCGCUAAUAAGAAACAUACCAAAACGAUGCUAAUAAAAUUAAUUUGAAAAUAAAAAGGUUUUAAAAAGCAUCUAAACUAAA